UUAGCUCUAUUCUAUUCAUCUUUCAGAACCAAUGGCUCCAAGCAUCGCUGAUCAACUAUUCACUGAUUCCUCAGCUCUAGCUGAUUUUGUCAUAAAUCAAGGGAAUGGAGUGAAGGGUUUGUCAGAAAUGGGCCUCAAAGCCCUCCCUAAGCCUUACAUCCAACCUUUGGAGGAGAGGAUGUGUAUGACCAAAAUCAUAACCCAAGAAUCCAUUCCCAUUAUUGAUAUGUCCAACUGGGAACACCCCAAAGUUUCAAAAGCCGUUUGUGAUGCAGCAGAGAAGUGGGGUUUCUUCCAGAUUGUUAACCAUGAUGUUCCCAUCGAAGUGCUGGAGAGUGUUAAAGACGCAACUCACUGCUUCUUUGGGCUACCCGCCGACCAAAAAAUUAAGUAUUCCAAGGAACACUCGGCUUCCAACAACGUGCGGUUUGGCACAAGUUUUAGCCCCAUGGCGGAAAAGUCUCUCGAGUGGAAAGAUUACCUUAGCCUCUUUUUUGUAUCUGAGGAGGAGGCUUCUGCGUUAUGGCCACCUGUUUGCAGGGAGCAAGUGCUAGAGUACAUGAGGAGGUCUGAAGUUGUGAUUAAACAAUUAUUACAAAUGUUAAUGAAUGGACUAGAUGUGAAACAAAUUGAUGAAACAAAAAAAUCUCUCUUGAUGGGUUCGGUAAGAACUAAUUUGAACUACUAUCCUAUUUGUCCUAACCCUGAACUCACUGUGGGAGUAGGGCGUCAUUCUGAUGUCUCAACGCUCACCAUCCUCCUCCAAGACGAAAUUGGAGGGCUUUACGUGAGAGGAAACCAAGGUGAAAGUGACAGCUGGCUUCAUGUUCCUCCCAUUGAGGGAUCCCUUGUGAUCAACGUUGGAGAUGCAUUGCAAAUACUGAGCAAUGGUCGGUACAGGAGUGUCGAGCACCGUGUGAUUGCCAAUGGAACUAAAAAUAGAAUUUCAGUUCCCAUUUUCGUCAACCCAAAACCAACUGAUAUUAUCGGCCCCUUGCCUGAAGUGCUGCAAAGUGGUGCGAAACCCAUUUAUAAGCAAGUCUUGUACUCGGAUUAUGUCAAAUAUUUCUUUAGCAAGGCGCAUGAUGGGAAGAAGACGAUUGAAUUUGCAGAGAUAUGAACGCAAUCGAUCAGAUCUAUUAUCGGUGGCAAAAUCAACU